AUGAGGCCCCUCCCUCGGGUCAUCCGCAAGAGGGGGGGAGUGGGCCACCAAGGGACAGGCGAGGAGCUGACCAGCUCACUAGGUGCUUCCUCAGAGGAGCGGUCAGGCCUCAGGUGGACCUGCGUCCGGUGCUGCUUCCGCUGCACCCAGCGGCUUGAUGGAAAAGACCUACUUCCUGAGCAGGGUGGAGCGCAGCUGCCCCAAGAGAUCCCGCUGGCCCGCCUGAAGCCAGCCGCCAGGAGCAGGGUGCGGUGUGAGGCAGACCGCCCGCCCACGAUCCCGCGGCUCACGCGGCCAGGUCUGCCGCUCCUACAGCCGGGGCUCGGCUGCCGGGGCCACCCCAACCAGCGCCCCUUUGCCAGGAGCCCCGAGGAGGCGCCGGUCUGGACCUUUGAGCGUGAGCACUGCGGCAGCCGUCUGGGGCUGAAGACCCGGCUCUGCUCUCCCUGCUUCCGGCGCCGCCCGCCGCGCCUCAGCCCCGUGGGCUCCCCGGGGCUGCUGCCCCAGGCACGGAGCCUGCCGCUCUCUCCUUUCCCACGUGAGCACCAGGGCCGCCGGAAGCCGCACGGCGUGGAGGUGUGGCCACGUCUCCCGCACGGCCAGCCGCUGGCCUUCCGCAAGUCGGUGGGGCGCGGGUGGCUGUGCGGGCAGGGGGCGUCCUGAUGCCAGGGCGACCACAGCGCCGUGGAGGUGGCCGUGUGGGAGGCUGAGGGGCUGAGUCUCCAUCACAGGGAGCUGCUCACGGCGCGCCCUCACUGGGGAUGGGCACACGCACCCCCACGGCCAGCCCCCCGCGUCCAGCUGUACUGCCCCACCUGCCGGGCCACCUGCGGCUCCGGGAAGGCCUUCGAGAACCGCCGCUGCCCCCUGGAGCAUACACAGAUGCUGGCCUUAGACAUGGCUGUGCCCUGGGAGCACCGCAGCCUGCCUGCCGGACUUUCCAUGCUGGAGCUCUGCCCGAGGCCCAACCUCUGUGAGUUUGGGGACGUGUGCAUCAAGGCGCAUUCAGAGCAGGAGCUGCAAGAGUGGACCCAGCGCGCCGGGACCGUGGCGCUGAGGGAGCACACAGCCUGGCGGGAGGGGCUGCUGCCUUACCAGGCCCGGCCGCUGGCCGAAUAGCAGCAGAGCCGCAGUGAGGUCCUGCUGCCCCUGGCGCAUCAGGCCCAGGAGAAGCAAACUCAGCACACCUGGACCUUCACUGAGUUUGCAGAGGGAGCCCCGAGGUUCAGAGGUUCAAAGAGGCCAAGGACCCUGCUGGUGUCACAGCCUGGAAGCAGGAGGGGAGGGAGUGGUCUGUGCACCAGCCUGGACCCUGAUCGCUGGGACAGGGUCCAGGGGUCACCUCACCAUCGUCUUCUCCCCCAGGCACCCCUGCUACACGUGGCCCUGCUCAAGCAGGCGCCGGGAGCACACUUCUCACUGGCAGCCCCCAGCCUCUCUCCAGGCCGGGUCUGCAUGCUGGGGAAGCACUUCUGCACGCCCGGCUCCCCAGCCCAGCUCCGGGUUGGGGUGCGUGUGCAGAGCUCUUGCUUCGGCACCGUCCAGCAAUGGGUGGUCUUCCACUUCUGCCCCUGGCCAGUGCUGCUGAGGUAGCUGGAGCUGCAGCUGGGCCAGGCGCACCCCUGGGGGCUCUGGGGGACGCCAGCGCCUGGGCUUCUGGAGGAGCUGGAGCGCUGGCACGCUGGCAACUGCCACGUGGGGCCUGGUGUGGAGAGGACGGCCAAGUACAAGGUGCCUGCUCUGGGCCUGGAGCUCUGUCCCGGCGGCCCCGCCGGGCCCAUCUGAGCCGUCAGCUAUCUGCAGAGGCUGCACCAGCGUCUCCACGAGGAGGAGGCGGCUCUGCAGCAACUGGUGGCCGAGUGGGUGGGGCCGGCGAGCGGCUGAACCUUCGGGCCGGUAUCCCUGCAGACGGCGCUGGAGACGCCAGCCCUGGACAUCCUCUUCCCGCCACCGGGAGCACUGUACGCGCAGGGGCCCAUCCCCUCCCGGGUGCCAGAUACAGACGAGGGCUUUCCGCUGGGCUGAGCGGUCAGCACAGCCCUCGUGGCCCCCGUGCCUGCGCCUGACCUCAGGGUGCUUGAGGCCCCCGUGGAGACCCGGGCCGGCUCGGAGCAGGCGCCGUGGCUGCUGCCGCCCACCCACUACUGCGCAUCCCUGGGGCUGCAGCCCGAGACCAGGCGGAUCUUAGAAGUCCAGUUCCAGGUGGACCUGCUGGCCUUCCCCCCCUGGCACCAGGCCAUGGACGCACUGCCCGAGGAGCAGCUGGUGCUGCCCAACCCGCUGGCCUGUGCCCUGCCCUCCGCCCGUUCUACCCGCCCUCCAGGCAACAGCAGGCAGAAGCUGCCAGUGGCGGUCACCACGGGGACCAGCCCAGGGGGCACGCAGCCCAUCGCCCCGCUGCCAGCUGCUGAGUCCCUCAUGCCCUUCCUUCUCCCUGCCCCCCGCAGGGCAGCAGACAUCUAUAUCGCCUAGCAUUUCCACAGCCACGCCAGCAGCGGUCACCCCAAGGCCACUCCGCUCUGGGUGAUGGACACGGGCUGCCCACUGAGCCAGACAGACGCGGCCACGCUGCGCUACUGUUGCCUGACCAAGGACUGCCGGGCCUUCCGCGUGCCGAUGUGGGCCGAGCUGGAGCGACACCGCGUCGUGGUCGCCACCGCGUCCCAGGCCCGCAAGCUCAGGGUGCCCGCCAGCUUCUUCUCCCACAUCCUCAUCGACGAGGCCACCCAGAUGCUGGAGUGAGAGACGCUCGCCCCGCUACGCUGCGCCACGCCCGGCAUCUGCCUGGUCCUGGCGGGGGACCCCAUGCAGGCCGCGCCCAGGCUCUCCUGCGCCAGGGGCCCCGCGGCAGGACCCACGCUGUUGCACCGCCUGGUCCAGCACUACCAGGAGGGGACGCACACGGCUGCCGAGAGGAGCCAGGUCACUGCGCCCGGGAACCACCGCUGCACCGAGGCCAUCGUCAGCUUUGUCUCCCGCCACUUCUACGUGGCCGGGGGCAGCCCCAUCCAUGCCAGCGGCAAGAUCCUGCACCACCCCCAGCACUAGCCUCUCACCUUCUGCCACGUGGCGGGCAGUCCGGAGCACGACAUGUCUACGACAACUUGGCUGGACACGGCCGAGGUCGUGCAGGUCGUUGAGAAGGUACAGGAGGUCUAUGACACCUGGCUCCACUGCUGGGGCCCCCAGGAGCAGAGGGCCAUCUGCGCGGUGUCCCACGGUGCUCAGGUGAGCAUUGCUGAGGCAGGAGCUGAGGAGGAGGGACCUGGGCCAGGUCUCUGUGUGCAGCUUGGAGAUCCUGCCAGGGCACCCACCCUUGUGAGUGGGGGUGCUGACCAUGGUACACACCCACCGGAGCCUGCUGAACCCGGGGGCACUUGCCCUGGAGUUCUUCACGGACGCUCGCAUGCUCAACACCGUCGUGAGCAUGCCGGUCCGGGGGGUCCUGGACCAGCAUGAGACCUGGUGUCCCUGGGAAGGUUUGGGGUCAGGAAGGGAGUCCUGUUAGGGCUGCUCCUUGGUCUUUGGCCAUCCCUGACCACACUGGGUGCCAUCUGUGGGGCUCACUUCAUUUUUUAAAAAAAAUUUAUUUAUUUGUUUA